AUGUCUCUAGGCGCCGUCUUUCCCUACUCGGUGAGCUCGCUGAGAGAACGCGUGAGGGCCAUCACCGACAAGACGCAGGAGGUCGUUCACAAGUCGGCGCAACUCGGCCACGACGCUGCGACGAAGAUCGGCCAGGAAGCCGAGACGCGACUCGACCAAGUCGGCGGCUUUAUCACGCACCAGUACGAGAAGCACACGACAGCUGCAAGCGGGGACUACUCUCACCUCGUCUCGCGGAAGACGCGUCCGCAGUUGGUGCGCAUCAGUGCCGCAGUGUGCGGCAUCGAGUUCUGCUACGCCGCCGAGACGGCCUUCGUCAGUCCGAUCCUACUGCAAAUCGGUGUUCCCGUGCUCUACAUGACGCUCAUCUGGUGCCUCAGUCCGCUGCUUGGCUUCUUCCUCGUGCCGCUGCUCGGAUCCUGCAGCGAUAGGUGUCGCUGGAGGAUCGGUCGCCGACGACCCUUCAUCAUGUUGUUGUCGGUCGGUAUUCUCGUCGGGCUUGUGCUGGUGCCGAACGGUACGCGGAUAGGAGAGCUACUCGGCGACGACGUCGACGGACUAUCACGCGUCAUCGACGAGGUCAACUCGACGGAACCGCUGAGAGGUACCGGCAAACCCGACCAUCGCUGGGGCAUCGUCUUUACCAUCCUCGGUGUCAUCCUACUCGACUUCGACUCCGACGCGAAUCAGUCGCCAUGUCGCGCUUACCUACUCGACGUCACCGUGCCCGAAGACCACUCGGCCGGUCUGAGUACAUUCACGAUCAUGGCCGGCCUGGGUGGCUCCCUCGGUUACGUGAUGGGCGGGGUGAACUGGGAAGCGACGAAGCUCGGUGAAGCUCUCGGCGGUCACGUGCACGCGGUCUUCACCAUCGUCCUCAUAUUAUAUCUGAUAUGCGUCACGCUGACGCUUACCAGCUACAAGGAGAUCCCGCUGGACGAGCUGGACGUUGGCGUCGAAGUCUUUCAGGAUCGCAAAAAGCGAAAAGGAAACGCGAAAUACACGAAGUUUACGAACGACGACGACGACGAAGACGAUGUCGGUUACGGCGAUCGGCGCGCUACUGACAUUUUCGCGCCCGGCGAAGUUCACCGCGACGAAAAAACACAAGAAAGCGUUAAAGAUGUGAAUCUAGCGAUAGAUAACUCGUAUAGAGACGCCAAUGAGGGAGAUGCGGUUGGUAACGAGACUCGAGAACAGGUCACUUCUUCGUCGAAGCGUCCAACCGCCGCAGACGAUCAGAGUCAGGAGCACGUUAGCAUGAAAACCUACCUGCGUUCGAUCGUCUUUAUGCCGCAUUCGCUACGAAUUUUGUGCUUAACGAAUCUGUUCUCUUGGAUGUCGUUGGUCUGCUAUUCGCUCUACUUCACGGAUUUUGUCGGCCAGGCCGUUUACGGCGGCGACCCGACGGCGCCGAAGAAUUCCGAAAAGCAUCAGAUAUACGAAGACGGAGUCCGCAUGGGCUGCUGGGGAAUGGCGCUGUAUUCGAUAUCGUGCUCGGUGUAUUCGUUUGCAAUCGAAAGACUAGUGAAGCGAUACGGAGCGAAGCGUGUUUACAUUAUCGGACAGCUCGUUUACACGACGGGCGCCAUUAUCAUGGCGGCGACACGAAACAAAGUGGUCGUCGUGCUGCUGUCUGCUACCGCUGGCGUCAUGUACGCCACACUGUUCACGAUGCCGUAUCUACUGGUCGCUCAUUACCACUGCAACGAAGUGUUCAAACCACUCGUCGACAGCGAUGGCAAGAAGAAGGGUCAGGUUCGCGGACUGGGAACGGACAUCGCUCUCAUUAGCAGCAUGGUGUUUCUGGCGCAGUUCAUACUCUCCGCCUGCAUGGGCGGAAUCGUGCACGCUGUCGGCAGCACCGUAGCCGUCAUAAUAUGCGCCGCACUUCUGAGUUUCUGCGGUGCCGUGAGCGCCACCUGGGUGAUGUAUGUGGACUUAUAG